AUGUUCAGUCGUAUUGGAAGCCAGGCGCUUCGCUGCGCAGCUCGUCGCCCUGCUGCCCGCCGGAGGCUCUGCUAUCGCAACUUUUCGGCGCAUACCGGCCCAAAUGCUGCCCCUGCUUCUGCACCGUCACCGCUCGGCAGCAUCACUGUCGAGCUCGAUCGCAUCGCGCCACGAUUCGAGAUUCCAGCGUCCCAGGUCACCAUUCUUGACUCUCCGUCGAAUUUCUAUUCUACUUUGAAGUCCAAAAUCCUUAAUGCCCGCCGCCGCGUUUACCUAUCGACGCUAUAUAUUGGCAAAACGGAGUUUGAUCUCAUCGAGACCUUGUCGCAGGCGCUACGUGACAAUCCAGAUCUCAAGGUUUCGGUCCUCACUGAUGCGUUGCGCGGCACACGCGAAACCCCGAACCCGUCAUCCGCAUCGUUACUGUCCUCCUUGGUGGAAAAGUAUGGACCAGAACGAGUUGAGAUUCGCAUGUUCCACACUCCUAAUCUGACGGGCUUGCGGAAGAAGUGGAUUCCUCGCCGGAUAAAUGAGGGUUGGGGUCUGCAGCACAUGAAGCUGUACGGCAUCGACGAUGAGAUCAUCCUUUCUGGGGCAAACCUCUCUUCGGACUAUUUCACCAAUCGCCUGGACCGCUACCACGUAUUCAGCUCUAAGGAGAUUACUGAAUAUUAUGCUCGCAUCCACCAUGCGGUCUGCAGCCUCAGCUUUCAGGUCCUGCCAGACCCUCACAACAAUACAGGAUAUCUCUUGGACUGGCCCAAUUCCAAUGGUGCACCGUCACCACUUGAUAGCCCCCAGGACUUCAUUGGCUACGCCUCAACCGUCUUGAAUCCGCUUAUCCAGGCUUCCGACAACAAGCCUGCUGUUCCAUCCUCAUCAAGCCAAACCUAUGUGUACCCCGUGGCCCAGUUCACUCCUCUCUUAAAGCCAGACACCUCUACAGAGUUCCCCGCCGUCACCAGUAUCUUGCGUCUCUUGUCUCAAUCAUCAGCGUUCGCCGGGGCUCGCUGGCUCUUCACGGCUGGAUAUUUCAACAUCCACCCUGUCCUCUCCUCGCUCUUGAUAUCCAGCACUUCAGCCGUCUCCAAGUCCUCAUCGACCACCCAGGGCACGGUCUUGACAGCUUCCCCCUGGGCCAAUGGAUUUUACGGGUCUUCUGGGAUUUCAGGCAUGCUCCCUGCCGCUUACACGCACCUCUCUGCGCGCUUCCUCGACCGUGUUGCCGAGGCCCAAGCCACAAAUUCCAUCCAACUCAAGGAAUGGCAACGCGGUAUCGUCGGCACUCCUGGGGGCUGGACCUACCACGCCAAGGGACUUUGGAUUACCCUGCCCCACGAAGAGAACCCUAGCUUGACCUUUGUCGGUAGCAGCAAUUACACAAAGCGAAGCUACAGCCUUGACAUUGAAGUCGGAGCGCUAGUCGUGACGAACGACCAAAAUUUGAAGCAAAAGCUGGGUGAGGAGACCAAGUGGCUGCAAGAAGACUCCAAGGCUAUAUCUAGGGAAGACCUGAUGCGCACAGAGCGACGAGUCGGAUGGAAUGUGCGACUGGCGAUGUGGAUUGUCGAGAAGGUCGGCGGCGCUCUCUAA